UUUGACUUUUUAAUAAUUUUUUGAGCAAGCUGGCAAAUCACUGAAAGUGAAGUUCGAACUCAUAAUUGCAGGACCCUUGCUUGAGCUGAAGAAUCCAGUCAUGUCAUCAUCACCAUCAUCCCCACUGUUCCAUCAGCAACAGCAGUGGAGCAAAAGCGCCAGUUCCCCCACCAUCCCACCACCAUCAUCAUCAUCAUCAUCAUCGGUGGGUAACGGCGGGAGCCGCCUGCUGCAGCCUGUGCGCGCUACGGUGCCUUUCCAGCUGUUGCGCGGUAGCCGGCGCUCCUCUCCUUCCUCGUCCUCCUCCUCUUCCUCCUCCUCUCCCUCCUCUUCAUCAUUUGCGUCAGUCGGGAGCGACGCACCGAGAGCGAGCGGUGCUGGUGCCGCUGCUGCCGGCCUGAUAGCGCGCUCCCCGCCGCCCGACAGCAAAGCUUCACCGGAGCGGCGCGCCAACUCACCUGCGCUCAGAGUGGAGCGGUCGAAGGGUCAGCAGGCGCUGAUCAGACGCACUUCCUCUCUCGGGGCCAUCGCCGUUCCUUACCUCACCGGCCAGUGGCCUCGCGACCCUCAUUCCAUCUGCCCGCCGUGCACGAGGGACAAAUCCACACAGACUCCUGGAUGCUGGAGUGACGAAUCAGCGGAGGACGAGCUGAGGAGAAGCCACCAGCGCUCAGCGUCCUGGGGCAGCGCCGACCAGCUGAAAGAGAUUGCUAAGCUGAGGCUGCAGCUCCAACGCACUAAACAGGGAGGAAGUCGGCACAUUAAGGACACCAAGGAGCAUCUGCCCCCCUUCCAUUGCUGCAUCAUCACCCCAUCACACACCCCCAUCAACAUGUCCAGCCAAGCUACGUCCCCCAUGUCAAAGCCGGCACAGGUGGCCGUGCCCAACAUCGCUGUACCGAAACCCACCAUCUCACGAGUGCCCAGCAGCAUGGAGGGCAUCAACCACGAGCUGGAGAAAGUCUUCAUCAGAGACAAUGGAGAGAAAGAGGAGCUGAAGGCAUUAGAGGUACCAGACGGGCGCCGUGCCCCAUUUCCCCCUCAGCAGAGGGGCAGUAGUACGCAUGGUUUGGACUCUCAGAUGCCAGCGGUACCCGGCCGCUCCAGUAGCUGUUCGAGCGCAUCCCCAUUCCCACCCGGCUCACACGACGGCAGUCCGUACUCCACCGACGAGCUACUGGACGAGCGGGACAAAGACAGCGGCAGUAGUUCUCCUCUCCCAAAAUUUGCCUCUUCACCCAAACCCAACAACAGUUACAUGUUUAAGAGGGAACCUCCCGAGGGCUGCGAGAAAAUCAAAGUGUUUGAGGAAACGAUGUCGAGACAGUCCUCCGCCGCCCCCCUGUUCUCCUGCCCUGACAAAAACAAGGUGAACUUCAACCCCACCGGCUCUGCCUUCUGCCCCGUCCGAAUAGCUGGCUCACUGUUGCUCCACUCAGCCUCUCAGGAGGAAGGAGACCCCGGGGUCGCCACCUCGUCGUCCACUUACCCCCCUACUCAGGUCUCCAUCAGCACCAGCACGGACGAUCCACCGGAACCGGACGCCACCUCUCUGUCCCAACAGGAGGCACCGAACACAGACUCAGAACUCUGCAGUUAGCCCAGUUUGCCCAGAGCUGGUCUCUGUGGCAGUGUGUGCCCACCGUAGGCUGCCUAGUUUUCCCCCCUACCUUCUUUUCUGGACUGAAACUUCACCCUCUGCAUGGCAAGGUUACGAACACAUUUAAAUAUCGGGUCUCUUUACGUCUGCCCGAUUUCUUAAGCACUGUUACUGAACUGAAUGGCUGAAGUGUGAAAGUGUGCAGGCUGUUGUGGGAACAGCACCAGUGAGACUGAUUAUUAGAUUCUAUUAUUUAUAAGCAAAUGCAGUGUGUUUGGAUAGAGGUUUUACCAACCACAAAAAUAUGCAAAUGUAGGUUCACUGUUAAACGAGAGUAAAAAUGAAAAAAAAUGAGCUGUCUUUUAUUUUUAUUUUUUUAUUUUUUUAAGUCCUGAGAGGCCAUACGUUAUUAUUAUUAUUUUAUUUUUUUUACUUAUCCUGGUCAGGGUUGUGGUGGAACCGGUUUUCCUGGAAUCACUGGGCACAGACAGUGCAGUAACAUACCCCAGACAGGACACCAAUCUGCCCUCACCUCAGACACAGCCAAUCAUGUCUGUAUUUAGACCCCGAACGGAUGACUGCACUGAUGGGAAUUCUAAACCUGGAUUCCAGCAGUAGUGGGCUUACUGUUAAAUCAUUAUUAUUAUUAUUAUUAUUAUUAUAUUACUUGAUUUUAUUUUUUUAUUUUAAUUUGAUGUUCAUGUUGUACCACUGCUUUAUCCUGGUCAGGAAUGCGGUGGGUCCGAUCCCUGGGCGCAAUGCAGUAACAUACCUUGUAAAGGACACCAAUCUAUCGUGGCACCUCGGCCAUUUGUCUUCCCCUCAGACACAGCCAAACAUGUCUGUAUAUAGAUGGACACCCGACUGGACGAUAGCACCGCUGGAGAUUCGAAACCUAGAUCCCAGCGGUAACGGGCUAGCCAAAUUUAUUGAUGCACUACUCGAGCACCUUAUUAUUAUUAUAAUUAUUACUAUUAUUAUUUACAAAACCUAUCACACUAUUAUCAUAAUCACAAGAAAUCAAUAUGCUAUAGGUUUAUUUUGACUUAAGUAAUUAUAAUUACUAGCAUUUUCUUACGACUGACUUGAC